AAAAAGUUGAAAGUGGAGGCUCAAUCCACGUGACUAACUUUUGUCGACGAACACAUGCGCCACAUGUCGUACGCCACAGUGUGGCUCAAGCAUUCUCAAGCUCAUCCAUCGUGCUGCGAUACGUCAGCUCUCCGUCUACUCCACCGUCAACGUCGCCCGCCAACCUCGCCGCACUAGCAUUCGUCACCGUCGGCGUCCUUACUUUCUGGUCUCAGCCAGCAUAUAUCCAGGGCAGGACAAUCAUUCAAUUUUAUUGGCGGAGUAGUUCGAUAUACUGUCAAAAUGUCGUACUUUUUCUCAACCCCGGUCGACAUCGACGUCGUCCUUCAGGACACUGACGAGCGGUCCAUGGUUGACGUCAAGCUUGAUAAGAACCGCAGAGAAAAGGCUCCAUUGUAUAUGGACGGCGAAUCGGUUAAGGGGGCCGUUACAGUCCGCCCUAAAGAUGGAAAGCGCUUGGAACACACCGGCAUCAAAGUCCAGUUCAUUGGCACGAUAGAAAUGUUUUUCGAUCGAGGAAACCAUUACGAAUUCCUAUCUCUCAACCAAGAACUUGCGGCGCCCGGUGAGCUACAGCACCCACAGACGUUUGAGUUCAACUUCAAGAACGUCGAAAAGCAGUAUGAGUCCUAUAACGGCAUCAACGUCAAGCUACGCUACUUUGUCCGAGUCACUGUCUCGCGCCGCAUGGCCGAUGUCAUCCGUGAAAAGGACAUCUGGGUCUACAGCUACCGCAUCCCCCCGGAGAUCAACAGCAGCAUCAAGAUGGACGUCGGUAUUGAGGACUGCCUGCACAUAGAAUUCGAAUACAGCAAGAGCAAAUACCAUCUCAAAGACGUUAUUGUUGGUCGAAUCUACUUCCUUCUGGUCAGACUGAAAAUCAAGCACAUGGAACUAUCCAUUAUCCGUCGAGAGACGACUGGUGCCGCCCCUAACCAGUACAACGAAAGCGAAACAUUGGUUCGAUUUGAGAUUAUGGACGGCUCCCCUUCCCGAGGCGAGACUAUUCCUAUUCGCCUGUUCUUGGGAGGUUUCGACUUGACUCCUACGUUCCGUGAUGUCAACAAGAAAUUCUCGACACGGUACUACCUGAGCUUAGUCCUCAUUGAUGAAGACGCCCGCCGUUACUUUAAGCAAUCCGAAAUUAUUCUUUAUAGACAGGCUCCCGAAGAUGCAAAGCUUGAGGCUGCCGAAACUCAUCAGGCCCUCCCCGCGCCUCCUGAGAGCAAGCUGCCGCAGGUUCAGGCUGCCGAGGCGUAAGCGCCAAUUGGGAUCCGAGGAAACCCCAUUUUGUAUGUUAUUUGCUUUUGAGCAUGAAGACUGGCGUUACAAGGCGUUUCAAGCCAAUGGUGGCAACAAAUUUUACCCUAUUAUAACAAUAUUAAGCAAUUAUUGAUACUGCAAGAAGUGCUGGCAAAAUGGGACUAGUAUUGAUCAAAUCAACGCAAACACCUGUAAGCUAGUAAAAAGAGUAGAUCUACAUUAAAAAAAAAGGAACAGCCUAUUCAAUAUCGCAGCUGCCUCAUACAAUUUCCAUGACAUCGUCCGCCUCAAAUCCAAACUGAUUAUUUUGAAUCGCCGCAAUGCGGUCCAGCUCAUCUUGGUAUUGCUUCCUCACGUCCGCCAGCGAAACAACCUUGCGCUUGCUAUUUUCUCCAGGAACACCUUCGUCAAAGAUCCAGGCCUGCUUGGCAUCGACACAGCUCAAGGCGUUGAUAAGCAGGAGAUACUGCCUUGUUACUGGUGUAUCAAGGACGUCGUCACCAGCAAAUCUGUCGCCCUCGCCGGCUAGCUUAAGCUUCUGUAUGCGAUCGAGCAGCACCCAAGCUGCGCCGCGGUAGUUACGACGCUUUAUACGCCACGAGUAGAGGAUCUGAUGAUACUGAGCACCGUCAACCACGUCCAUGGAGCCUUUGCAUCGCUUGGAGAGGAAGUCAUCAACCUGCUGCUGCAUGCCUGGGAAGGGAAGGGCAACGAGAUCGUUGUUGUGGCUUGUGUCGCACAUUUUAUCGACGAGCUGUCGCAGACUAGACUGCUUCAGGGCCUGAUCCUUAAUGGACAGCAAUGUUGUGUGAGCGAGUUCGAAUUGCGAUGUGGAGAGUGUGGCGUUGAAGAGGCGAGUGAGCAUUUCGGCCUUGACCACAUUGUUGUCGGGGCUUGCGCCUGUGAAUUGCAUGGCGAGACGGCCGAAUUCUACGACGUACGAGUAGGCUCGCUGCGAGUCAUAGAGAGCUACAAUAUGCGAGUAGUAUCUGGCCAGGCCGCAGUUGAGGAGCGCCCACUCGGUGUCAUCAAGCAAGCCGCCGCUGUGGCGGUCUAGCUUGGCGUUUUCGUUGCUCAUGCCAAUGGCAGCUCUUCUGAAGGACAGGGCUGCUGAGCCAAAGUCCUUGAGAGCCAGGGCGACGCGGCCCUGGACGUACACUGAAAAGGGGCUCUGGUCGCAGAAAGGUGUCAGGUCGUUUGCUAGGUCGGCUCGUUCCCGCUUGACAAGCGAGCACUGAAUAAGAGAUGGAGAGACUUCAAUAUCGCUGUCGGGGGCACAGAGGUUAGCGACCAAAUCUGUCAAGCUCUUGGGGGCAAAUUCGUCGCCGUUCUUGGAGAAACCCAGCAAAUGGUCAACAUUCGCCUCUAGAGCUGUGACUGUUUGUACUUCAUCGCCGCGCUUGGUCUGAGGGGCACCCUUUACAGGCUUGAAGAGUGGUACAGAGAUAUCGGUUUGUGACAGCCACUUGAGCAGUUCCAGGCGUCGCAGGAUACCGACAAGCUGUCUAAAGACAGCGCCGAUAUCAACGCGGUUGUGAAGCGCCUCAUCCUCAGUGUCGAACUCGAAUUCCAUAUGAACAAGUAAGAUCAGCUGGCUGAAGCAGAUCUUCCAGAGUAGGUCAAGGCUAUCUCUUGUCGCAGACAUGACUAGCUUUCGGCCAAACUCGGUGAGAGGUUGCUGCAAACUGUGGCCCUUCGUCGCGGCGGGUGCCAGGACGAGGUCAAUGAGCUUGCCGUAGAGUUCGUUGGUGACAAGGCCAAAGUUUUGACCGAGGACAUCCGCAAUCUGGGCACAGUCAUCAUCCGUGAUGCCGCGCCAGAAGCCUGCCUUGUCGGAGAAAUAUUGAAUGCGCUCCAAGUCGGUCUUGGGCGACUCCUCAAAGAGCUCAGGGCGUAGCGCGGCGUGGCAGAGCUGAAGGUAGUUAUCCGAAAACCCAUCGACAAACUGCAGACCAGAGUUAAUGAGAGCAGCUUGAUUCUGGGAGUCUUCGUAGGGCAUGCUCAAGUUAUGAUAGAUGUGUUCGACAGCACUGCAUUGGCGAAUAGCGGAAACGAGGUCAGAGCAAACCACCCAGGCCAUUUCAGAGUGUGCGUCAAAGCAGAGGCAAAUAGCUUCACCUCGUUGUUUGUCAAGCUCAAUGAGGAGCCUGUAGAAUCUGCGCCAUUGGCUCUCGCUGGCGGCGCGGAACUGUUCGUAGUCCAUAGCGCCAGAGGAGCUUCUAUCGAGAGUGGCAGUAGAGCCAAGUACGGAGCAGAUGGACUCAGCCAAGCCUCGUCCCUUGCCGCUGUCGCGCGACUUGCCAAGGCCACGUUCGUAGAUAGCCAAGGCAGCUUCUAGUGUCGCUUUUGUGAAACGGCCAGGCUGGAGGAUGAGUUGCAACCAUUUUUCUGUAACGUCUUGAGGAUCGCAAGGGCCUGAUGUCUGAGCUGUAACAAGGCCAGUCUCUGAGUAGACGCCAUCCCACCUGAGAUGCCAGUUUUGCUCCAUUCUCUCUCGGUCUAGUUCUAAGCGCUGGACCCUGUAUGUCAAGUUGUUCUUCCAAAGAGUCCACAGGCUGAUUACACCUUCCGUCACAGAGGUCAGCGCAAAAUCCGCGAGCGUCCAAAUAUCGGCCGAUGGAGUGUUGGGAAUAAGAGUAAGCUUGGGGAACAUGUCCUCCAUAGUGACCUUGUGGGAGUCCUUGGCAACGAUCUUCCAGAACUUGAACUCGCCAGCACCAACCGGGGAGUAGGUUGCAGCGAUGCGUAUGCCUCGGCUCUCGCCAACGAUUUGAAGUAGGUUUGACUGGGAUGGAUCGACUGUCCAUUUGCCAAUAUCCUGGGGGUUUCGGUCGGCGUUGAGAAGAUCUCCGGUAUGCAGAAUCUGGCCAUCUUGGACGUUCCAUAUGCGAAUGCGAUGAUCGAGGCAAACUGUCAAUGCAAACAACGAGUCGUCCAGGCCAAGCGAUGAAACGAGAACGGAUGUCGCGGUGCUGUAUUCCAUGUUUGCUCGGCCGUAUUUGAUGGUGUGGUUGCCAUGGAAAGGAAGCAUGCUUCUCAGGUUCUGCUUCCAACCCUGGACGUUGAAGAAGGUUUCUUUCCAUUUACCUGACGAAGCUUGUCUGCAGUUAGCAAUUGUGAGUUCAGUACCAAGGAGACUAUCUACUUACGAUCGUCUGCGUGAUUACGGUCGAAUCGAAUCAUUCCACCAUCGUUGACCGUCACCAGCAGCGUGUUGGAUGAAACUGCAACCAUGCGGUGAGGAUACUUGAAGCCCAAUCCGGCCGGAGCUUGGACCUUAGCCAGGUCUGCAAGGCCAAUAUCCACGGCAGUCCUCUUUCUGAAAAACUCUGGUCGCAAGGUGAAUGUAUAGAGGUGGCAGGACGUGUCGAGAACAAAGACGCACAGCGCGUCAUGCUCCUGAGGAUCGGCAAACGCAACACAGCUGGGCUGGAUAGGCACCGUGAAGUGAAAGUUGAGGAUGAGCGUGGCAUCGAGGCCCUUGUUUUCUCUGGCAAUAUCGAUGGCGCGAAUGCUCAGCAGCGUGCCGUCCUCGAGGACGCGCCAGAGGAAGCUUCGCGGGCCAUGGUGGAACUGGCGAUGGUAUAUGGCGGACGAUGACGCUAGGUUCUUUUGCUUAAAUGCAGCUUCUUCCUCAGAGGCACCAUCAGCAGAACGCUGUCGCUGGCUUCGAGCUUGCGCAGAGGUCGAGGGGACUCGGAUCGUCACAAUCGAAGCUGGCGCCGGAGGCUCGAGAUUCAAGCGGGUCUCUUUGAAGAGAAACUGCGUGUCGCCCGAAUCCAUCUCGCCCCCUUUGAUCAGAUAAGCAGCAUCCGCCGGUGCGAACGUGCUCCGUGUGAAUCGGGAUUCGUUAAUUGGUCGAGGCGACCGGGCGGUUGGUGAUGCACGGGAG